AUGGCCGAAGAUGUCAACGCAAGUAAUAUCCGACUUGAGGAUAUGCCCAUAAGUCUUGCUCAACAAGCCAGUAUGCCUUAUCUUGGAAUGUUCAAAGCCCUCAUGCAACAGAUGCACUACGCAACGGGAUAUGUACAACGAUUUAAGACGAACAAUCCUGUCAGAUGGAAUGAAGUCGCCGAGGCGUUCUACCCAUCGUUCUAG